UACAAUCCCUGAACCUCUUUCCCUUCUUUAUUUCUCUGUCUUUGUGACACUUUCUGUAUCUAUACAAUUAUUAAUAUCACAGUUAGAAGAUCUCUUACACAUUUUGAAACAGAAGAAAAUUUAACUUCCCAUGGCUCUACAGAGACAUGUUCCAAUAUUGGUCCUGCUGCUAUCUUUUUGGUCUAGCUCAUCAAACGCUUAUCAAUUCGAAGUUGAUGGCCUAGAUAGUUGGAUUGCUAAUCCUGUUGAAUCUUAUUAUCAAUGGGCUCAACUAAUGAGAAUUCAAGUUAAUGACACUCUUUUGUUCAAGAGUAAGAAAGGAUCAGAUCUAGUUUUGGAGGUAAAUAAAGAUGAUUAUGACAAUUGCAACAUAGACAAUCCGAUCAAGAAAAUGGAAGAUGAAAUCUCUGUUUUCAAAAUUGAUCGCUCGGGUAGUUUUUAUUUUGUUAGUGGCAAUAAGGAUAAAUGUAAUGAAGGACAAAAGUUUAUGAUUGUUGUUCAAGCUGGUACAACGCUGCCUCCUUCAACUCCGGUACCAUCACCUGCACCUCGUGGUUCUCAUUCAUCUCCGAAGGCACAUGCACCGGAAAAGGCUCCAAUUGGGGUGUCACCUGGCCCUAUACCGGUGCAUGUUCCUCGGGGUACUAGUUCAGACCCAGCUCAAAUAACUCAUUCACCAGGGGUGGCUCCAACACUGGCCUGGCCUGGUCCUACUGGUUCUCACUCAUCUCCAGUAUCCAGUGCACCCGAAAAGGAUCCAAUAUUAGGGUUGUCACCUCCUCCUACAGGUUCUCACUCAUCUAGUACGGUCCAUGCACCUGAAAAGGCGCCAACACCGUUGGAUGGGCCCCAAGGUGCUAUUUCCGACCCACCUCAAAUAACACAUGCACCAGGGGUGGCUCCAACACCAGAAAUAUUGCAUAGUGGGGCUCUCACACCGUCAUCAUCUCAUGUGCCUUCCGGUUCCCAUUUAGCUCCAAUGGCUCUAACACCGACAUCAGCUUAUGUGCCUACGAGUAGUGGUUCACACCUAUCUCCUAAAACUCAUGCACCAGGUAAGGCUCCAAGUACCCGAUCACUUGCCCCUACUGGGUCCCACUUAUCUCCGGCAGCACAUGCACCCGAAAAGGCUCAAACACCGGCAAUGUCACACUUGCCUCCAAGUCCAAGUUCACAUUUAUCUCCUGGAGCUCAUGCACCAGCAAAGGCUCCAACAGGGACGUCACCUGUUCCAGCGGUUUCCGACCCAUCUCCAACUGUUCAUGCUCCUGGUAAGGCGCCAACACCAGCAUCAUCGAAUGUGGCUCGAGCUCAUGCACCUGGAAAAGCUCCAACUGGGGCGUCACCUACUCCUGAUGGUUCUCACUCAUCUCCAACUGUUCAUGCACCUAUCGAGGCGCCAACACCAGUAUCGAAUAUGCCUCGAGGUACUGGUUUAUCUCCUAUGGCUCAUGCACCUAGAAAAGCUCUAUCCGGGUCAUCACAUGCACCUGAUGGUUCUCACUCAUCUCCAAAAGCUCAUGCACCUGUAAAUGCGCCCACACCAGUAUCAUCAAAUGUUCCUCAGGAUACUAGUUCUCACCCACCUUCUAUAGCUCAUGUACCUGGAAAAGCUCCAUUCGGGUCAUCACAUGCACCUGAUGGUUCUACCCAUGCGGAUGUAAAGGCUCCAACACCAGUAUCAUUAAAUGUUCCUGGGGGUACUAGUUCAACCCCACCUUCUAUGGCUCAUGCACCUGGAAAAUUUCUAUCCGGGUCAUCACAUGCACCUGAUGGUUCUCACUUAUCUCCAAACGCUCAUGCACCUAUAAAGACGUCAGUAUCAUCAAGUGUGCCUCGAGGUAGUAGUUCCCACCCACCUUCUACGGCUCAUGCACCAGGAAAGGCUCCAUCCGGAUCAUCCCAUGCACCUGCUGGUUCUCACUUAUCCCCAAAAGCCCAUGUACCCGUAAAGGUGGAGCCAACACCUGCACCUUCACAUGUUCCCUCCAGUCCUCGCUCACACCUAACUCCAAUUGCUCAUGCACCCAAAACCGCUCCAACGCCCGCAACUUCGAAAAUAUCCCCAAAUCCUAGCUCACGCCUAUCUCCGCCUAUAAAUUCACCUAAAUCAACAACCACUCCUCCAUCUCAUGAUGCACCCUCACCUUCCGUUUCACCGACAACUACGAAAUCGUCCAGCGAAUCUUCUCCAACUUCAUCUUCCGCGUCAUCAACUGCGCCGCUAUCGGGAACGAAUUCUCCGACGGAAAGUAUUGCUCCGCCUACCUCCGGCGACAAUAUUCCGGCGGACAUUGAUUCACCAACUAGUUCACCACUCAAUUCCGAAUCAUCAGCAGAGAAGGCAUCAAUUACUGUCUCUAUGUCAGCAAUGUCACUCUUUUUGACUCUGCUUUUGGGAUUAAUAAUUUGACAUAGAAAUUUAUUAUACUUAUUUACUUACGUAAUUUGGUUUUCUUCUUUCUUUUUGUGCUAGUUAAUUUUGAUUUCUUAAAUUACAGUUGUA